AAUGGAGCAGCCGCUGCCUCCGCACAUGUCCCUCAGUCGGGGAGAGGAGCCGGGCGGAGGCAGAUGCCCGGAGCGUCCCUGGCGACGCGGGGCUCUCGGAGGGAGCAGAUGAGAGCGGCUGCUUCCCGGGCCCAAGAUGCAGCCCAGGGGGAGAAGCCUGCUCCGCGCCUCGGCCGGGCUGGUGCUCUGCCUGGGGUGGCUGUGCCUGCCGCCAAGUGCCGCCUCCCCCUGCCUGGAGGAGUGCCGGUGCUACCUGACCGCGCUGCUUUGCCAGGAGCCCAACACCAUCCAGUCCCUGGCGCAGCUGCGGAGCCUGGAGAAUUUCACCGAAAUAGUUGUUGAGAACCAGGCUGGGCUGAUGAACCUGACUGGGGAGGACAUGAAGACCCCCCGCGAGCUGAAGAACCUGACCAUUGCAAGAACCCAGCUGAAGUUCAUCGCCCCAGAUGCCUUCAAAGCCAGCCCUAAUCUGACUCACGUGAAUCUGGCAUUCAACCAGUUGGAGUUCCUGUCCUGGAGGGUUUUCUAUCAUCUCCGCCUGCAGGAGCUGGUCCUUCUGGGGAACCCCCUCCGGUGCAUCUGUGGGCUGCUGUGGCUGCAGUCCUGGUGGCAGAAGAGGCAGCUGGAGUGGUCAGGCAACCAGUCCUUUCAGUGCGUGCAGGAGGACCAGACCCUGGUUCCCGUGUUCAACCUCACCCUCACGGGCUGCGAUUUCCCCACGGUCCGUAUUGACUACGAUCCCGCCCCAAUGGGAGAAGGCGAGAGCGUCAACCUGACGUGUCACAUCACAGGAAAGCCACAGCCGGUGGCGGAUUGGGAUGUGCCCCAGGUUGGGCCUGACCCCCCCAUCAUAAUCAAGAAGUCGGAGUCUGAAAUCACGCUGCAGAUCACCAAUGUCUCCUCCAGCUUCAACUUGCAAAACAUCACCUGCCGAGCAGAAAACGAAGCAGGCAUAGCGGAAGCCGUGGCCCGGCUGAACGUGACCUUUCCGGCUGUGAUUCGCGAGGUGAGCAAGGCGGUCAACUACUACCAGUCAUGCAUCCCCUUCUCCGUGGAUGGCAACCCCCCGCCCAGCAUCCGGUGGCAGUUCAACAACGCCGACCUCCCCAACACGACAUACGUUUACACCACCCUCUUCCUGGAAGGCGCCCGGACUUCCACCACCAUCCACGGCUGCUUGAACCUCAACAAGCCCACGCACUUCUCCAAUGGCAACUACACCCUGCUGGUCGCCAACGCCCUGGGCACGGCCUCGUGCACCACCUACCAGCACUUCAUGGACAUCCCCGACGGAACGUUCCAGGAGGAGGAACCCUUCCACGGAACGAAGGACACGAACAGCACUGAGGAGGGGCCUGUGGAGACGUCAGAGGAGCACCCUGUUGGGAUCUCCGUGGCCGUGGUCCUGGCAGUCUGCGCCUGCAUAUUCCUCUCUGUCAUGCUGGUCAUCCUCAACAAAUGCGGCCAGCGGUCCAAGUUCAGCAUCAAGCGGUCCGUGGUGCUGGCCCAGGAGGACGACCUGGCCAUGUCCCUGCAGUUCAUGGACGUGGGGAGCAGCCCCCGCUCGUCUGCAGACAGCAAGCUGGAGGCGCCCAAGAGCAGCUUCGUGGAGAAUCCCCAGUACUUCUGCAACACUGCCGUCCGCCACGUCAAGCGCGAAGACAUCCUCCUGAAGUGGGAGCUGGGUGAGGGCGCCUUCGGCAAGGUCUUCCUGGCCGAGUGCCACAACCUCAGCCCCUCCCAGGAGAAGAUGCUGGUGGCCGUCAAGACCCUGAAAGAAGGCACGGAAAAUGCCCGGCUGGACUUCCGGCGGGAGGCGGAGCUGCUGACGGUCCUGCAGCAUGAGCACGUUGUCAAGUUCUACGGGGUCUGCACCGACGGGGAGCCGCUGAUCAUGCUCUUUGAGUACAUGAAGCACGGGGACCUCAACCGCUUUCUCCGGUCACACGGGCCAGACGCCAAGAUCCUGGACAAUGGGAACGGCCAGUCCUUCGGCCAGCUGAACCUGGGUGACAUGCUGCGGAUUGCCACGCAGAUCGCCUCCGGCAUGGUCUACCUGGCCUCCCAGCACUUUGUCCACCGGGACCUGGCCACCCGAAACUGCCUGGUGGGACACAGCCUGGUGGUGAAAAUCGGGGACUUCGGCAUGUCGCGGGACAUUUACAGCACAGACUACUAUCGGGUGGGGGGCCGCACCAUGCUCCCCAUCCGCUGGAUGCCCCCCGAGAGCAUCCUCUACCGCAAGUUCACCACCGAGAGCGACAUCUGGAGCUUCGGCGUGGUCCUUUGGGAGAUCUUCACCUACGGGAAGCAGCCCUGGUACCAGCUGUCCAACACGGAGGCCAUCGAAUGCAUCACCCAGGGCCGGGAGCUGGAGAGACCCCGGACCUGCCCCUCGGAGGUCUACGACAUCAUGCAGAGCUGCUGGCAACGGGAGCCCCAGCAGCGGCAGAACAUGAAGGACAUCCACGGCCGCUUGCAAGCCCUGGUCAAGGCCCCCCCCGUGUAUCUGGCUAUUCUCAGCUAAGGGUGAGCGGGGGGGAGAGGGGGGGCGUUGCCCCCAACUUCUCCAUCCAUCCGUCCAUCCGUCCAUCCAGCCAAGCCACCCAACCCGUGCAAGAUCCGUUUCCGAACUCAACCUGGCAGGGAUGACGCUCUUCCCUCGUGGAAAAGCAAACUGGUUUCGCGGCCUGACGUGGGCAGGAGGUGGGAGAGAGGCAUCCGUUUCUCGGCCUUGUGUACAUAAAGACCCAUCUGGGGGAAGGGCCCCGAUCUGCUGAUGGAAGCCCCAUUCGGCAGACAGCGGUUCUCUGGAGCGACGCCCCUCUCUCAACGCUGGGUCCUAGGAGGCAGCCGGGCAGACUCAAAACGGACCCACUGGUGGGGGUGGGGGCGAGGCAGGGAAGCCGCUCGGCCUGGUCUGGGUGACGUCAACCUGUUUUUCCAUCGGUGCUCACCGGCCGAUCAAAGUGACUCUCUCCAGAUGCCUUUUGUGGGAAGCCAACAAAUGCGGUGUCAGAGCAGGCGUGAGAAAAGACAUUGCUGCUGCAAAUUAUUAUUUAUUGUCUUAAGCUGUCGAUCUUCAUUAUAAUAAAUAGCUUUUGGGUGGGGGAUCCGGAGCAUCCAGACAAACCUGGAUGCGAGAAGCAACCCGAGACUUAGAACUGGCUGUGAAAGGGAGAUUGACACCCCGGUUGAUUGAGGCGAGCAGAAGUCCCAUCAUCCGUUUGAAGCAUGAUCUAAAACGAAGCUCCGGUCCUGCUGGUGAAUUUCUGACUUGAAUACAAGCAGUCCUCGACUUAUGACCACAUUCGGGACCAGCACUUCCAUUGCUAAGUGAUGCAGUCAUUAAGUGAGUUGCACCCAAUUUUACGACCUUUUUUGCCAUGGUCGUUAAGCAAAUCAUGACAGUCAUUAAGCAAAUGUAGUUUCCCUCAUUGACUUUGCCUGUUGGAAGCCCCCUGGGAAGGUCGCAAAUGGUGAUCAUGUGACUGCGGGGACACUGCAACUGUUGUAAGUGCGAGGACCAGUCAUAAGUCACUUUUUCCAGCAUCGUCUUAAGUUUGAACAGUCGUUAAACGAAUGGUCGUAAGUCGAGGACUACCUAUGUUGCAUCCAAAAUAACCUGGACUUGUUUCUAAUGUAGGCUAAAGCCGUAAUACGAGGGAGAUUGCAAUGCAAGGAGCCUUCCUGCCUCAGGAGAGAGCCUGACGGCAGCGGCCUGCUUUCUGCCCCUCUGCCCUGGCAGGUGGCUUUUCUUGCUUACUUGGAAGACAAGCUUGAUGGGAGAGCCCCAAGCUAUCAGCAGCCAGCAGGGCUGCUCAGCUUGGGAUAAAGGCUCUUGUGAAAAAUGCCUUUUGUUAAACUAGCGCAGGACAAUCGGUCACCUUCCCCCGCCCCACACCUGGCAACAUGGGCUUUUCCUUGUGUCCAGCUCUUACGGGGCGCUGAUGGUGGAACACAAUUUUCAAGGCAGAAGGAAUGAUACUUAAUUGGGAUUAGGGACCUCUGAUAUAGGUGUUAGGCUCCUCCAGAGGGGUUCCUCAGUCCUCCUGCCCCCCUCUCUAAGCACUUACUAUAUUAGCAAGGUGAUGAAGACCUCGUCCUGGGACUGGACAGACACCGCCUGUCCUCCCCUCCCCGGGGUGAAUCCUUCUCAGGCGGCCAAGAAGGGUCACCAGGCGCUCAAGGAUGUUUGGGGGACACGUCACACCCAGGCUGAGCUCUCGGUGUUAGAUGUUUGUAUGAAUUGGAAGAAGGUGCUGGAAAGAACCUGGCCCGAAUAGCAAAAUAAAAUCUGUUGGAUUCACUCACA